AUCUCAAGCUGUGAAACAGAAAAUGCAUCGUCUUCUUCUGCUCUUGAUGCACAAGGAGAUGGAAGCAAAGUAGGGCCACCAUUACAUAUUUAGUAUGAUGAAUGUCAGUUCAGAUGUACAAUGCAGUUUGCAUUACUGGCUUUGCAUUAUUUAGAUGAAUAAUUGUUCAGGUGGAGCAAAAGUAGAGCUUACAUGCAUAUGAUUCUAUCCAACCACCAUUUUCCGAUUCGUUGGUCAUGCAUGUCAAUGUUAUAAUAUAAAAUAUUCUUCUCAAGUCGUUGUUGUAAAAUAUUGUAGUAAAAUACAAAUAUAUAAAAUACAAAAGUCGAAAUAAAGGUGAAUUAAAUACAUACUCACCACGGCCAUUUUGUAUUUUAUCUGGAUUAGGUGGAGAUGGUGUUCUGGCUGCUCUCCAUGCUGGCCAACCGGGACAGGGAGGAGAUGUCCCGCACUCUGCUGACCAUGUCCAGCUCCCAAGACAGCUGCAUCGCCAUGCGCAAGUCAGGCUGUGUCCCCCUGCUGGUGCAGAUCCUUCACGACGGCCCAGGGGGCGCCGGAGAGGCGGCCGGGAGUACAGGGUGCAGCCGGGAGGCCCGAUCCAGAGCCAGCGCUGCCCUGCACAACAUAGUGUACUCCCAGCCAGACGAGGGCCAAGCCCGGCGGGAGAUGAGGGUGCUGCACGUGCUGGAGCAGAUCCGCUCGCACUGUGACAGCGGCUGGGACUGGAUCGAGAGCCACAUGGGGAGGCCCUCCCCUGGAGGUACUACAACCACAGGUUGGUAGUGGAGGGAAGCAGGAUUAUUUUAGGCGAUUAUUGCCGUCUCUAUAGCACACUGUGGAUUAUACUGUGAAUGUGAAAGUAAUUCCAGCUGUACUUGUCUGUGUUGUAUUCAGACAUCCCUGAGCCAUUGGAGCCCCAGAUCUGCCAGGCCAUGUGUGCUGUCAUGAAGCUCUCCUUUGAGGAGGAGUACCGACGGGCCAUGAAUGAACUAGGUUAGUGAACAACACGUCAAUGGGAAAUAUACUUCCAACAAAGAUGAUAAAGCAUAACCUUACUGACAAAUAUGAUAUGUAAAUGAAUUGAUUGUUCAGUUUGUGAUAUGCAUGGCUGGUGUGUCUCUGUUUAGGGGGGCUGCAGGUAGUUGCAGAGCUAAUGCACUUGGACCAGGAGCUGUACGGAAUGAAGAACGAUCCCAUCAAUAUGGCACUUCGACGCUACGCGGGCAUGGCGCUGACAAACCUCACUUUCGGAGAUGUCGUCAACAAGGUAAGGUAUCAUGAGAAAAGCAUUGAAAAAACUGAGAGGGAUACAUAUUUAUCUGAAACUCUCUUUUACACAGGCCACUCUCUGCACAAAGAAAAGCUGCCUGCAGGCCAUUGUCGCCCAACUUGCAUCUGAUAGUGAGGAACUACAUCAGGUACAACAUUGUUACUACUAUCCUAACUACUUGAAUAUAUUAUUUCUGUCAACAUUUCAGGACCACGAGACGUUACUCUUUUCAGUUUCAGUGAUUUAAAUCAAUGUUUCCAGUACCACAUGGCUAAAGAGGUUAUGUCUAUUUUUCCCUCACAGGUAGUGUCGAGUAUUCUGAGAAAUCUGUCAUGGCGUGCAGACAUCAACAGCAAGAGGGUCCUUAGAGAUAUAGGGAGUGUAACAGGACUGAUAACAUGUGCUCUUCAAGCCACAAAGGUAAGAUCACACUGAGAUUAUGUAUUUGAUGCAUGCUGCCAAUUGUAACCAAAGCAAUAAUCAAUGGAAACAAUGGCAAAAUAUCUGUAAAAUUCUCAUCUCUAAUGCAAUGUAAAUGCAAAAUCCCAUUUUAGGAAUCCACCUUGAAGAGCCUCCUCAGUGCUCUGUGGAACCUGUCAGCACACAGUCCUGAGAACAAGGUGGCCAUUUGCUCAGUAGAUGGGGCUCUGGGCUUCUUGGUCAGCACCCUCACCUACAGAUGUCAGACCAACUCACUGGCAAUCAUCGAGAGUGGAGGUGGCAUCCUGCGCAAUGUUUCCAGUCUUGUGGCCACACGGGAUGAUUACAGGUACUGUAUUUACUUGAAUUGAAUUCUACUGUAUAUCAGCGCAAAUGUUCAAUAAUUAUUGCCAUAAAUAUCCACUAAAUACAUUCUAACAUGCUUGAAUACUAAGUAUUUUUUCCCUUCUUUCAAUUCAGGCAAAUCCUCAGGGACCACAACUGCCUCCAAACGCUGCUUCAGCACCUGCGCUCUCACAGCCUGACCAUUGUGAGCAACGCUUGUGGGACCCUCUGGAACCUCUCUGCACGCAGUCCCAAGGACCAGGAGCUGCUGUGGGACCUGGGAGCAGUCAGCAUGCUGCGCAACCUCAUCCACUCCAAGCACAAAAUGAUAGCCAUGGGAAGUGCCGCAGCGCUACGGAACCUGCUCACGAACCGGCCCCUCAAGUAUAAGGAUGCUGCAGUCAUAUCCCCUGGUUCCUGCAUGCCCUCGCUCUACAUGAGGAAGCAGAAAGCACUGGAGGCUGAGCUAGAUGCAAAGCACCUGGCUGAAACAUUUGAUUCCAUUGAAAAACACAGCAGCCCCAAGCAUCCAAGCAUUAACAAGCCGCUGCGGCAUAUCGAGAGCCUGGCAAAGGAUUAUGCAUCUGACUCAGGCUGCUUUGACGACGAUGAGGCCCCUAAUGUCUCCAGUAGUCUGGACACAGGGAGUUUCUCCAUGCUCUCCAUGUUCCUGACCAAUUCCAACUUCCUUCAAAACCAGCCUCGCAAGAAGGACAGUGAACCGGAGAGAGAUAUGGAGCCACCACAGACAGAGGAUAAGAGGCCAGCGCCUCCAGAAGACGAGGUGUCUGUUGCAGCAGAACAAUUAGCAAAAAAGAUCACCAACACCGUGGCCAAGAUUGAUAAGCUUGUGGAGGACAUUACCAUGCAUACAUCUUCGGAGGACAGCUUCAGCCUUAGCUCAGAGGACCAUUUCGCAGACUGGCCCUAUGGAUCAGAUGAACUCCAUGAGGCCCGGGCCAAGUCAUGCUCCCCCUGCCGGCUCUCUGAUACCAGCAGCUUUGCACACAGAGAACGUCUAAACAGAGCCCAUGCUCUCUUACAUCUCAAAACCACCCAUGCAAGUUUGUCCACUGACAGUCUCAACAGUGGCAGUACCAGUGAUGGCUAUUGUGGUAGCAAGGACCAGAUUAGGCCCUCAGCAAGAUCAGCAACAUCUCAAAGACGGCCUAACAAGCUUGAUCUUAAGGUGGCCCAUCAAGAAUAUCUUAACAUCAGAGCUCAUGUCCUCAAUGAGACAAGUCAGAUCGAUGUGCCAGAGAGAGAUUCUGUGGACAACAAAGAAGUUAAAUUGCCUGAACUAAAUAGCACAGAAACAGAGAAGAGCCAAGAGCUGCCCCCGCAAACACCAGCUAGUGCAUCAACUAAACUCUCUUCUGAUGUCAGCAUGACUUCCAUUAAGUUGUCCCCUUCCUACCAACAUGUCCCUCUAAUUCAAAGUGUCACCAAGUUUGGUGUUGCAAAGAGUGCCAUCAAUGUGCAGGCAGCUCAAGCAAUGAGGAGACAAGCCUGGGUCCCAACUGUGAUGACUGGAGUGAGUUUAGGCAAGUUUUCUCCAAUGAGCUCUGCUAGAAGUCCAACCAUUGGACCAAUGGAGACACUGCAGAAGUAUUCAGUGGAGAACACACCAAUCUGUUUCUCCCGUUGCAGUUCUCUGUCCUCCCUCUCCUCUGGUGAUGGAGCUCUUGACGGACAGAGUCAAAGUGAAAAUGAGUUGGAGAGUGACUCAUCACUUGAGAUCAUUGAAAUGGAAGAUGGGGAUCUGGUAAAGAGGGAGGAGGAGAAUGAGACCCUGGAGGAUCUAAGUGAUAGCCAACUGCUAGUCACUGAUUCAAAAACCUGUUUGAGCAUUGGGUCUGAUCCUAUUGAAAUUCCCUGCCCCACCAAACGUGAAAAGGUGUUCCUCAGGGGUGUAUCACCAGGAAUACUUGAGGACAGAUCACCUUCAAGUUCGUCAGAGAACUACAUCCAUGAGACCCCACUUGUGAUGAGCCGUUGUAGCUCGGUCAGCUCACUGGGUAGCUUUGAGUCUCACUCAAUUGCCAGCUCCAUACUUAGUGAUCCAUGCAGCGGAAUGAUCAGUGGAACCAUAAGUCCAAGUGAUCUUCCUGACAGUCCAGGGCAAACCAUGCCCCCCAGUCGAAGCAAAACCCCAUGCUUUGCUGAAUCAAAUGGACCAGAAACCCAAAAUGCUGGGACAGCAGGGCAGUGGGAAAGCAGCUUGCGCAAGUUCAUGGAAAUUGCAGACUUUAAGGAAAGGUUCAACCUGCCUCCAGAUUUGGACACCAUGAUCUACUUUACAGUGGAAAAGCCCACAGAGAACUUUUCAUGCGCCUCUAGCUUGAGUGCUCUACCUCUCCACGAGCACUACAUUCAGAAGGAUGUGGAACUGAAAUUGACCCCCUUACUCCAGCAAAAGGACAACAAUCCAACAUUCCCACAGGCUCAUGGAGAGAGAGAUGACAAUGAGCAUCGUUCCUUUAUGGACCAAGGGGAAAGAUAUAGCGAGGGCAAUUCAGAUGAUGAUAUAGAAAUUCUCAAAGAAUGCAUCAAUUCAGCAAUGCCCUCCAAGUUCAGGAAAGUAAGGCCCUCCCUGAUCUCCACCUUACCUACCCAUGUUCUAAACUCCCAAACCAGAAAAGCUAUACCUGUUUAUAUGAUGGUUCCUAACAAUGCCAAUCAAAUGUGCUCAGGGAGAAGGAUUGUGAUGCAACAAAAGGACUUAUAUCUUGAUGAUUCAUCAUACACUGAUUCUGCUGAGGGCACCCCUGUCAACUUUUCCAGCACAACAUCGUUAAGUGAUGAAACACUUCAGUACCCAGUGAGGGACAAGGGGGCAAAGGAUUGGAGGGUUAGAAAUAUGAACAAACAGGAAUGUUUGGAUCAAGAGGCAAAGAGAAUUGAAGACCUUCGGGUUUUCUCGCACUUCCACAAGCCCACUAAAAUGACCAGUCAGCCUGACAUACCAGUCAAUCAAAUGAGCAGGUCAAUCAAACAUGUAAUAUCCACUCAAAAAGUACUGAUGCAGAGCAAAGAGGUGGCUGAUAGAGUGGCUAAUCAGAGAAACCUUGAUCAAUCACCCAAUCAACAAAGACAAAAGCAGGGACAGGUCCUGACAAGGAAACUGGAUCUACCUAUCAUAAAGCCAAACAUAGAAGGGAACCAAAAUCAGAGAGCACUAGAGGGGAAUAAGGCAUUUCAGUCCAUGUGCCAUCCAACACCUACAGAUGAAGCCAUUUGCUGCUUCUAUGAUGACCAGACAGACAAAGAGGAGGGAGUGAUGAAAAGGACAGGGAGAAAACAGAUGAGAGAGUCCAGCAGAAACACUCUCUCCCGAAGUAUGACUAAUAUUGGUCGGAUUGACAAUUACCAGACAAGACCCAAAGGCUUUAAUAGGAUCAAGCACAAACUAAUCAUGGAGGAAACACCCCCAUGUUACUCUCUUAGUUCAUCUCUUAGCUCUUUGAGUGAUGCAGAAUUUGAGGAACACCAAUCAAAAUCCAAGCAAGUAUGGGUGAAAAAACAAACACAACAAGAUAUCUAA